AGGGAAAGCGAAAGAAAGUGAAAGAAAAGGAAAAGAAGAAAAAUCAGGGUGCUGGGUUGAGAGGAAGAGAAGAGAUUAGUAUACAAAAGAAUCCAUAGUCGGCGCCUCCUUGUCUUCGCUGACCAAUCAUCACGUUCCUUUCCUCCUUUUCACUUCUCACCACCCACUUUCUUUCUCUAUAAUCCCUUUUAAUUAUUAUUAUUAUUAUUAUUAUUAUUAUUCUUUCUCUCUUCUAUAAAACCCUAUCACAUCCUUUCCUUCCUCUUCUUGUUGUUCCUAUUUGAUUCUUUUUCUUCUUUUUUUUUUUGUUUUUGCUUUUUUGCUUUUUUUUUUUGCCCUAGUGAUCGGUUCUUCCGGAUGGAUUUUUUUGCAAAUCGGAAGAUGCCUCUGUUUUGAUUUCCGUUUUUUUUGGCUCUCUGAUCUAGGGUUUUAUCCCUUCAAUUUUUUUAGAUUGAUUUGUUUUUGGGUUUUUGUUUUCUGCUAAAUUAUUAUUAUUUUUACUUAAUUAUCGAGUAAUAUCGUGGAAUCAUGAAGGGAGCCACUGAGCAAUCGUCGUCUGUGGUGGUUGAGAAGGUUGAGGAUGGUGGAGAGAAGGAUAAGGAGAAGAAGAAGAAUAGGCGCCGAUCUAAUCGUCGAUCUAAGCAGAAUUCUCCUAAUCCAGCUUCUAGUUCAGUAAAUGAAACAUGCGGGGGAUUGUCAUAUUCAUCUGGAAAUGCUGUCAAAACGAAAACUUAUGUAUCCUCUAUGAGCUGUUCUUCAUCGAGGCAGCCAGAAUUAGAUUCUCAUGUUUUGAGUGAGCCUGGGCUGACCUCUGCAUCAAAUGUUACUUUCAAUUCAAUGCCCACUAUGCAUAUAAAUGAGGAAGUGGAACAUGCACUGCCAUCUGAUCUUGGUUGGCAAGCAUUUUCGAGCUCAUGUCCUGAACCAAUAGCUGAUGGAGUUUCCCUUGGAAGAUGUAUGAACAGGGAUUUGUUUCCUUUCGACCGGUUAGAUGGUAAUGCUCGAGGUAAAAUUUUUGCUCCAUAUUGGUCCAUGGAGGCUAUUAAUGAGGCAUUAGAGAAAGGUGAUGCAUUCAAAGCAUUAUUUCAUGUAAAUGCUCACAAUAGAUCUGAGGCAUACUGCAAAAUUGAAGGAGUUUUGACAGAUGUUCUCAUUAGUGGAAUUGCUGCACAGAACAGAGCUGUAGAAGGGGACAUAGUGGUCAUCAAGGUUGAUCCAUUGCCAUUCUGGACUAAGAUGAAAGUUUCAAAUGGGCAAUCUGUCAAUGUUCUUUUGGCAGAAGAUUGCAAUUUGGCUGUAGAAGCCAGUGAGACAGCUGGUGGUAGCUGCAAGGGUAAAAGUAAAGUGGCUGUGGAUUAUGAGCAUGCUAGGCCUGGAAGUUCCUCCCUUCCUCAGAAGGGAAUUUAUUAUGAGGAUUGUUCUUCUUCCGGUGAAGGUUUUCACCAGGAAGUUAAUUAUCCUGUGGGUUAUAAUUUUGUUAAUGGGUAUAACCCCCCUGCUUCAGAUUCUUCACAUAUUGGUUGUUUUACUGGAGAGAAUGAAAUUAUGAAUGGUGUGGGAAGGCUUUGCACUAUGAUUAGUUCAUACCCGUCAAAACGCCCAACUGGUAGAGUUGUUGCCAUCAUUGAGAGAUCCCUUCGGCGUGAUGCUGUUGUUGGUUUUCUAAAUGUCAAGCAGUGGUUUUACUAUAGGGAAGGUUUUAUAAAAGAUGCAAAAAAGAAGAGAAAUUCAUCAUCUAUCUCUGCCUGUGAGUACAUUCAACUUACACCGACUGAUCCAAAAUUUCCUAAAAUGAUGGUACUUGUGAGAAGCUUGCCUGACUCCAUCAAGGAAAGAUUAGAGGAAGGAGAUGCUUCAAUUGAGAUGGAGCUGGUAGCUGCACAAAUUUAUAAUUGGGAUGAAGAAAGUCAUUUUCCAUAUGCCCAUGUCUCACAUAUUUUUGGACGGGGUAGUGAAAUGGAGCCACAAAUCAAUGCAAUUUUAUAUGAAAAUGCUAUUUGUUUUCCAGAUUUUUCUCCUGAAAAUCUUUCUUGCUUACCAUGCAAUGCUUGGGAGGUGCCAGCAGAGGAGCUUAAAAUUAGAAGAGACCUUAGAAAUUUGUGCAUAUUUACCAUCGACCCUUUCACUGCCACUGACUUAGACGAUGCUCUCUCUGUUGAAAGUUUGCCCAAUGGCACUGUCAGAGUUGGUGUUCACAUUGCUGAUGUCUCAUAUUUUGUUUUACCUGAUACAGCCUUAGACAAAGAAGCUCAAAGUCGAUCAACAAGUGUCUAUAUGUUGAGAUGCAAAUUACCAAUGUUGCCUCCUCUUCUUUCUGAGAAUCUAGGCUCACUUAACCCUGGAGUAGAUAGACUUGCAUUUUCUAUUUUCUGGGAUUUGAACAGUGCUGGAGAUAUCUUGGAUCAUUGGAUUGGUCGCACUGUGAUACGAUCUUGUUGCAAGCUUUCAUAUGAAGAUGCUCAGGAAAUGGUUGAUGGGAUGAUUAGUGAGGAGAUCUUUGACACAUUUGGAAAUCGCCUGCCUCUGUUGCAUGGCCCUUUCAAAUGGCCAGAUGUCAUUAGAUCUGUCAAGACUCUUAACAUAAUUUCAAAAGCUUUAAGAGAGAAGAGGUUUAACAAUGGGGGUCUGCAGCUUGAAAGUUCUAAAGUUGUUUUUCUAUUUGAUGAAUAUGGAAUUCCAUAUGAUAGCAUGCUUUAUGAGCAAAAGGACUCUUAUUUUCUUGUUGAGGAGUUUAUGCUUUUGGCAAAUAGGACAGCUGCUGAAGUUAUAUCUAGAGCUUUCCCAGAUAAUGCACUAUUGCGAAGGCAUCCUGAACCUAAUAUGCGGAAGCUAAGAGAGUUUGAAGCUUUUUGUUGCAAGCAUGGUCUAGAAUUGGAUACUUCCUCUUCUGGUAACUUUCAUCGGUCGUUGCAACACAUCAGGGAAAAGCUGAAGGAUGAUAGUGUGCUGUUUGAUAUUUUGAUGUCUUAUGCUUCAAGACCAAUGCAGCUGGCUACCUACUUUUGCAGUGGUGCUAUGAAAGAUAAGAUGAAUGAUUGGGGUCAUUAUGCACUGGCUGUUCCUCUGUACACACAUUUUACUUCACCCUUGCGUCGAUAUCCUGAUAUAGUUGUACAUCGGACAUUGGCUGCAGCUAUAGAAGCAGAGGAUUUGUAUAUGAGAAGUAGAAGAAUAUCAGAUAAAAUGAGAUCAGGAGAGGAACUGACAAGGUGUUUCACUGGUAUUUACUUUGAUAAAGAUGCAGCAGAAUCCUUGGAAGGCAAGGAAGCAUUAUCAGCUGCAGCAAUCAAGUAUAAAGUUCCCUGCACGGAGUUACUUGCAGCUGUUGCUUCUUACUGCAAUGAUAGAAAGCUUGCUAGUAGGCAUGUAAAGGAUGCCUGUGAUAAGCUAUACAUGUGGGUUUUGCUGAGGAAGAAAGAGGUUUUAUUGUCAGAAGCAAGAGUUUUGGGUCUUGGACCAAGGUUUAUGUCCAUUUAUAUCCAAAAACUAGCUAUUGAACGGAGGAUAUAUUAUGAGGAAGUUGAAGGCUUGACAGUGGAAUGGCUUGAGGCUACAUCAACAUUGGUGCUAAAUUUAUGUGCCUACAAACGAACAUUUAGAAGGGCUGGCCUUGGUAAUUACAGGGCACUUAAUGAGAUUGCAUGGGUUGUAAAUCCAUGCAACCUGAAUGUGGAACCUGGCGCAGUUGGAAAGAUUGCAAAUGAGUGCAGUGCCACACAUUUAGACAAGAAUAAUUUGGCAUCCCAACAUGUAGAUCCUGUUUCAGAGUGUGAGAUUGACCCUUUAGUCUUCCCCGUCACUGUGCAUCUUCUUUCAACAAUUCCUGUUGCGCUUCAUGCGGUUGGUGGGGAUGAUGGACCCAUUGAUAUUGGGGUGAGGCUAUUCGUGAGCUCAUAUUUUAGCUAAAUUAUGAUACACGAACUUGCAUUUGGAUCUGGCAGAUCAAAUUUUGCAAGUGAAUGAACUCAUGGAGAGAAGGUAACAGAGCUGGUAAAGGACAAAAGCAAGCUCUGUUGUAGAUAAGAAUCUUAGUGUAUAGUAGAAAUAGUCAGAUAAAGAAAUUAUAUGCUUUAGAAUGGCUGAUAUUAUCCAAAGUCUGUUUUGCAUUUAGUGGUGAGGUAUCUGGUGCAAGCUGUAGAUAUUGAUAGGAUUUUUGCUGUGGCCUUUAGUUUGGUGGCUGUUUUUAACAAAAGCUGCUUGAUGGAAUUGGCCCUUGUUUUUUUAAGGCUAGUUCCAUAGAUUAUAAAAUUUGGCAGAGUUUGGAGCGAAUAUCAAUGGUUCUUAUUUCUCAUGUAAUUUGGACUGAUGCAGCCCAAUAACCUUUAAUUUUGGGGGGCUGAGUUCUAGCUUUUCUCAUAGGCAGAUGCAUUGGAAAUUAUUCUUCUGUCGAAUAACAAUGUUUUCUUUUGGGAUGGCAAGUUAUAUUCAUGAGCAUUGGAAAUUAUUCUUCGGUUGAAUAACAAUGUUUUCUUUUGGGA